GCGAGCGUCCCAGGCGCCGCUAGGACUCUUGAGUAUCUAAGAGACACCUGCCCUUUACAUGAAAGGAGACCCUUCUGCUUUUCAUUAGCCAUACCUUUCUUGUCGACUAUACUGAAAGGACGUUGAAUUACAGGACAUACACGUCCACGAAAAGAAAAUUAGUGAAGUUUGGAGCUUUUAGUAUGGUUAAAGAGCAAGGUCGGGGCAAAAGCCCCAAAAGGAUUAAAGCAAAGGACGAUGACCCAUCUGCACCCUCCACAAGCGGCAGUGAUAAACAUCGAGGUGGUGACGGAGGCGAUGGUGACGCUGGAGCGAAGAAAGCUGGCGGCGGCGGGACCAUCGGCCAGCAGACGAGCGGCAUUAGGAAUAAACAAAAGCGCUCGGAGCUCUACCAUAAACUAAAGCACCAAAAAGAGAAAACCAAGGCCAAGGAGCGGCGCAAGCGGCAGAAGGAGGCGGCCAAGGCGGAGGAGAUGGGUCUGGAGCCGCCGCCCAAGCCGGUGCAGCAUACGCUGGAGAACACCCGCGAGGCGGAUGAGACCAUGGUGGACCCGGAGGACGAGGAGGUGGCGGCGGAGGAGAACGAUGACGAGUUCGCGGCCCACUUUGCCAAUGCGCGGCCUCCCAAGGUGCUGCUCACCACCAGCUACCGACCCUCCAAGAUCAUGUACACCUUCAUGUCGGAGCUGCUGGAGAUGUUGCCCUGUGCGGAGUACUACAAGCGCAACGGCUUCCCGCUCAAGAAGAUCGUCAAGUUCGCCUCCAAGCGCGACUUCACCGACCUCAUCGUGCUGAAUGAGGACCGCAAGCAGAUCAACGGGCUGCUGCUGGUGCACCUGCCCGACGGCCCCACCGCGCACUUCCGCCUCUCAAACCUCAAGCUGGGCCGCGAUAUCGUGGGGCACGGCCGCGCCACCACCCACCGCCCCGAGCUCAUCCUGAACCACUUUGACACGCGGCUGGGGCACCGGCUGGGGCGCAUGCUGGCGUCGCUGUUCCCGCAGAACCCGCAGUUCCGAGGGCGGAGAGUGGUGACGUUCCACAACCAGCGCGACUUCAUAUUUGUGCGGCACCACCGCUACAUCUUCGAGGAGAAGGAGACUCGCGACCCCAAGGCCAAGGACGCCAAGAAAAAGAAGGCCGUGGUGGCACGGCUGCAGGAGCUCGGCCCCCGCUUCACACUCAAGCUGUUGAGCCUGCAGAAGGGCACCUUCGACAGCAAGAACGGGGAGUUCGAGUGGCUGCCCAAGAAGGAGAACAAGACCAGCCGCCGCCGCUUCUUCCUGUAAGGGAGGCGGGGAGGGAGUGUGGAGGGGGCCAGCCCUGCAAGUAUCCUGUGGACGAAGGGCGAGGGAGGUGUUGAGGUGCUGUGGCAGAGACGCGGAAGGGGAUGGGAGGCAAUGGAGGGAAGCCGUGAAGGGGCCAGAAGGGGCUUGCGAAGGGCGGUGUUCAGGAGACGGUGAGGGUGAUGAUGCCUAAGAGCUACGGUAGGCGCGGUAGCAAGACACGGUCACUGGCUUGUGUGCGGGUGGCCGUGGGCAGCGUAAAAGGGUUUGUGUCAUGGGGUAGGGUCACAGAGGGUACCGGUAUCGGCUAUCUCUGCGACUGGGUAGUAGUCGGGACCCAUGACUCGUGCCCCAAGCGACGUGAUCGAGGUUGGAAUAAGUAUGAUGCUGUCGUGAUGCCUUGAGGAGGCAAGUGGUGUGGCCACCAGGCGCGGCACUGGAGAUACACCGGCAUGUGGAUACUCGCGGAGGAAGGCAG